GCUACGUGGGAGCAUUCAAAUCAAGCAGCAGCACUUUCAAGGACAACUUUAUAGUUUUUUUAAGAACAGUAGCAAAGUAGUCAUGAUUUUUCCACUUAUUUACCUUCUUUUUCAAGUUCAGUUUUUGUUUGUGGGAGUAAAUGGUAAUGAGGAGGACAUUGCUAUUUUUUUCACUAAUACCAUGAGGUGUGUUCAGACCAUUGUAAGGGAAACAGACAGCAUGGGACAUGACAGCAUGAUUUUGGAACGAUUAUUCUGUGAGCUUAACGGAUAUGCACGGACAAUUUCUUUCUUUCUCUCAAUAAGCCAGCAGUUAGAAGGGGGUGACAUUCAAGGAAGCUUAGGUGCACUGGAGGCACUCUAUGCAUGGUUUUUGUUCCAUCAUAAAUUCGUAUGAAAACUCAAGAUCUGUGGAAAUGAGACAAAGGGAUAUGUUUACUUCAAGAGCACCACCAACAAUCAGAACUGGUCAUCCUGGUCGCCCUCAGUACAAUAUAUUCCAUGAACAAAUUACCUACUGUUUGUCCCUUGGAAUGAGUUGGCAAAGGAUAGCUGUAUGUUUUGGAAUCAGCAGAAGGACAUUGUACAGGCACAGACAGCAACUUCAAAUUGGGCCACUGACUUACACAGCAAUGUCUGAUGAGGCCUUGACUGACAUUGUUAGUGCAAUCCUUCAAACCACCCCAAAUGCAGGAGAAAGGUAUGUGCUAGGAGGCCUCCGAUCACGCAACAUUAGAAUACAGCGUUGGAGAGUGAGACGUUGCCUGCAACAGCUUGACCCAGUUGGACGGGCCUUCCGCCGCCGCCGUGCAAUUCGCCGAAGAAUUUACAAUGUUCAGACUCCUAAUCAAUUAUGGCACAUCGAUGGAAACCAUAAGCUGGUGAGGUGGAGGUUGGUCUUUCAUGGAUGUGUUGACGGCUUUAGCCGGACCAUCAUAUACUUGCAGUGCCUCAGUAACAACAGGGCAUCAAGCGUACUGGAACUGUUUUGUACUGGUGUACAGAGCUUUGGCCUUCCCUUAAGAGUACGCUGUGACCAUGGCAUGGAGAACACAGCAGUUGCCCGGUAUAUGCUGGAGAGAAGGGGUUUAAACAGAGGCAGUGUCAUUACUGGACGCAGUGUCCACAAUCAGAGGAUUGAACGGUUGUGGGCAGAGCUAAACAGAGUUGUCUCAUUCCACUUCAGUAACCUCUUCACCUUCAUGGAAAAUGAGGGCAUACUGGAUUCUACAGAUGAACUCCAUCUGUUUUGUCUGCACUACAUCUACUUGCCAAGAGUUCAGAGGGCGGCUGCAGAAUUCCGAAAUCAGUGGAACAAUCAUGGAUUAUCUACACAAGGAGGACAAACACCUCUCCAACUGUGGCAGAGAGGGGUUCUUAACAGUGCAAUUCAGGACAUUUUAGCAGGAAAUGAUACCUUGGAAAUCAAUGAAGACACCCCUCUACAGUUAGAGACUGAAAACAAUAUUGUUGUUCCAGUAAACAACUUUAAUGCAAAUCAAACAGUUCUGAACAGAAUUCACGAGACAGUAGACCCACUGAGUGAUGAUGGUAACCACGGCAUACAAUUAUUUUUAGGCCUGGUGAAUUUUAUUAGUGAACAGUAACAAGGACGCUUGAGUACUAGAACACUGUGGAUUGUACUCUAACAGAUAAAUGGUAAAUGGCUGCAUAUAGUACUUUUAUGCAUGCUAAGCU